CUCACAUUUUCAGUGCAGCGUUUUACAGAGACAAGAAACAUCGAGUUCAACUCUUAGAAAGAAGCUCCAAAUAAGGAAGGACGCCGGCUAAAAAUGAAAUCACUUCUGAGCCUGCUCCUGGUGGUGGCCGCGGCCUCCGGCCUGCAGAUGGACCCGAAGAGUCAUUACAGUCUGCGCUCAGGUUCCAGGUGUAGAAACGGAGGGACGCUCAGGCGCGGGUUCUGCGACUGUCCUCCAGGGUUUCGUGGAAAAAAGUGUGAGAUCGACCAAUCAGAGGAGUGCUUCAGUGGUGAUGGGCGGGACUACCGAGGCACGGCUGCCCAAUCUGAGAGUGGGCAAAGGUGUCUGGGGUGGAACUAUGUCAGAAUCGUACAUCGACUUCGACCAGUUGUACAAGAUGGAGGGAAUUAUUGCAGGAAUCCAGACCAGAGUGACAGGCCGUGGUGCUGGGUCCGGUCGGGUCGGAAGAUCACCAAAGAAUUCUGCAAGAUCCCACGUUGUGAGGAGGAGUUGACACCCGAGUCGUGUGGCGAGAGGCGUCAGAAGCGGUUUAAGGUGGUGGGCGGGACCGUAACCACAGUGGAGACCCAGCCCUGGAUUGCAUCAAUCUUCCACAAGGUCCGCGCGGCCAGGAGACCAGUGUUCAGGUGCGGGGGCACACUGAUCGCCCCCUGCUGGGUGCUUUCGGCUGCACACUGCUUCCCCGAUGGAGCUGCGACCAGCGUCAGCCGCCUGUCCGUGGUCCUGGGGAAGAACGCCCUUAACGAGACCGACCUCCAGAGAGAGCAGCACUUCCAGGUCCACCGACUCAUCGUUCACGAGGAGUUCGACAACAAGGACCAGAGCUUCAACAACGACAUAGCUCUGCUGGAGAUCAGAAGCAGUUCAGGAAAGUGUGCGGUGCGCAGCGAGUCCGUGCGGACCGCCUGCCUGCCCCCAGAGCACCGCAUGCUGCCCCCGGGGGCCGUCUGCGACGUGGCGGGGUACGGGAAGGAGGGCGAGCACCUCUGGUACAUCUCCCAGUACCUCAGGCAAGCCCAGGUGGAGCUGGUGGCCCAGAGCGUCUGCACGGACAAGGAGUACUACGGGAGUCUGGUCACCGACAACAUGUUCUGUGCGGCCAGUCCUGACUGGAGCAAGGAUGCCUGCAAGAGUGACUCGGGGGGGCCCCUGGUCUGUGAGGUGGACGGCCGGAUGUUCCUCUUCGGGAUCGUGAGCUGGGGCCAUGGCUGUGCCAUGGAGUUCCGGCCUGGCGUCUACACCCGCGUCACCAACUACAACCGCUGGAUCAGGAAGAGCACGGGGCUCAGCGCCAUCACCGCCGGGUCCAUGUACCCCCAGAAGUGACCCCUGACCCCUGACCCCUGACCUCUACCCUGAGUGCAGCUGCUUCCAUUGCUCAGGCACGAGGAGAAACGGCCUCGCGGACUCUCUCUCUCUCUCUGGCGCUCCCUGGCGGACGUGCCUGUGUGUUACAGUGCCUCUCUGCUGUGUGGGACUCCUGUGUUCAGAGUCACUGAGUUCUCAGGUUUUGAAAUGGUGAAUCAAUGCGCAAUGCAAUGCUGGGGGCGCAUUUGCUGUUCUGUUAUUACAUUACUGUUAUUUAGCUGAUGCUUUUUAUUCAAAGCAACUUACAGUUGAUUAGAUUAAGCACGGGCCAAUCCCCCCCCCCCCGGAGCAAUGUGGGAUUAAGGGCCUUGCUUCAGGGCCCAACAGCUGCACUGAUCUUAUUGUGGCCACACUGGGGCUUGAACCAACAACUUUCCGGUCAAGCCCCUUAGCCACAAAGCAAUAGGCUGCCCCUAUCAAAGGAGCUUCACGCAAAGCAAGUGGCCUUUUAGAAACCUGUUUUACAUGCUGAAACUCCUCAUAGAUCUUGGUCUGAUAUGUGCAGCACACAGUAAUGGCUGCCUGUGUUAGUCCGGAGAACUCAAAUCUUAUUGGAUAUAACACGUCAUUCAUAGGUGUGGCUGGACCAAUCGAAGCGAAGCAUAAAGUACAGGUAAACUGCAGUAUUCUGCUUGUAGAUGUUUCUGUGAAGGCAAUCAAAGACCCAUCAGCUGUGAAACGAUGCCGUCACGUUUCUUUACAAUGUUACAUUUUUGUUAUAUUAUAGGCCCUAUAUGGGGAACCCAGACUGUAGGCCAGUCUCUCUGUUUCCCUGUCCUCAGUGUGAGUCAAGGCUUAACUUCGCACAAUGGGAUUUAAGGGCUUUAACGUUCUUACUCACCCUGUAUCACUGAAGGAGGAAUGCCUUCCUGCCCUGGUCAUCUGCCCCCGUUACCCCGAGCAGGUCUCAGGUGGUGUUGAGUGACUGGGGGGGGGGACGGUCCCAGUCUGCUGGAGCACUGGGAGCACUGGGAGCACUGGGAGCACUGGGACCAUCGCACACUCUUACACUUCCCCAGUUAGUCAUGCCAGCUGCGUUCAUACCAGCCCCUGUGACUGGAUGUCAUUCCCAGUCCUGCGCACAUUCCUCGCCCUGUCUGCUCCCUGCGCUGUCGUGUGAAGCGCGGCUCUUGUGAAUAUUUUAAUACAUUAAAUUAAGAGGUGUUUUGUUUUUUUAUUACGUUUUGUUUCAAUUGUCAGCUAUUGUUUUAUCUGCAUAGUUGUUCUUAUUUAAGUUUGAAUGGAUUGUCUGUGGUGGAAAAAAGGCACAUGCGUUUUUUUUACUUGUGGCCAUUUUGUACUUCAGUAAUUGGUUUACUGGAAAAGGCUGGUUCCUGUUUGUACACAUAUCGUCUGUAAUAUGCAACUUUUAUACAUUUUUAUUUAUGUAAAGGCCUACUUUCAGGCUGCAAUAAAGCUUUUCAGCACAUUUUAAA